AUGUCUGACGAGCGUUCCUCCGGUACCUCCGACUACGUCACCAGAGGACAGCGAUCAAUCCCCGUGCAAGACGACGAUGCACCGGUAGAGGACCCCAUUGACGAGUCCAAGGCGGACUCGGACCAGCAACUUGAACGAGACGAUAGGGAAGCAAUCGACAAGAGCAACAUGAUGAACCAGAGGACGCGUGGCGCCAAGCCUGAAGGAUCGUACAAGGAACCUAGCGACAACGCACCGGAGUUGGGCAGUUAA